AUGUCCAAACUAGAUGCUCACACCCAUUUUUACACAAAGGGCGGGCGGGCGCGCGCGGUACCGCCCGAGGCCGAGGAUCCCCAGCCCGAUUCCCAGCUAGACGCCCCAGCCGGACCCCCAACCAGCGCCGCGGCGCCCCCGCCGUUCAGCUCCAGGAGCAGAGGACAAACACAGACGCGGUUUACCACCUUCUCCUCGCGCCCGGCGGAGCCUCGGUGUUUCCCGACGCUCCAGGCUCACAAACCAUCAGGAGCUCUCUGCAGUUUCUCGGAAGCAGCACGCGCCCAGCUGCUGCCAGCCUCUCCGCCCAGGCCGCCCGGGGCAACGAUGCCCUCCGGUCCCCAAAGGCUCGGGGACAGGUGCCCGGCUGACAAAUCUCCAGCGUCUACCCCUCUCCUCCCCAGCAAAAGAAAGCUGCUCGAGGAAAUCUUUCAACAAAGUAUCCUCAUCAUUUGACUGGAUUACUACCCAAGAGAGUGGGGAAUACGGAGCUUCA